AUGGAGCUUCCUCCUUCCCGCAGGAAGCCCUCCAAUUCCAAAUCAUUUAUGCAUGCCCGCAAAAUCUCCCUCACCGACCCCGACCAACUCUUCGAAGAGCAGCCCAUUCUCUCCGACCACCGCCGCGACUCCGCCAACGAGAUCAUCGUCAAAAUCGACGACGACACUCCCAUCCUCUGGCAAAAUCACCCUCCCAUGCAACAACCACCACCUCACGACCCCCCUUCCAAGCUCAUUCAUCAGUUCCUCCACAAACAGAAAGCCGCCGGCGGAGAUCUCUGCCUCGACGUCGACCUUGAAAUGGAUGAAUUACGCAACAACAACAACAAUAACAAUAACAAUAACAAUAACAAUAACAAUUCCCGCAGCCUGCCCCCUCUCGCCGCCAAAAGCCGCCGCGUUACCGUCGAUGAGCAGGACAAAUUCCGAAGCGAAAUCAAUGAAUCUCCCGUCUCCUCCCCUUCCUCAUCCGACGACGACAUUGGCGACGACGCCAGCAAUCAGAGCGGCCUCAAUCGCCGCCGAUCCAUCGCCAAAAACAACAACGACAGCGGCGGCUCCACCCCCGCCGACGGCCAGGUCCUCAAAUGCACCUCCUCCAUCCAACAAAGGUACGGCAGAAUGAAAACCAAAUCGCGCCUCCUCGAUCCGCCCGACUCCACACCCGAACGCCGCCCCGAGAUGAAAUCCGGCCAGCUCCGCUCAGAAGUACUCGGGCGGGCAUCCGGCAUGGUGACCCGACCCGGGGAAGACGAAGAGGAGGAUCCGUUAUUCGACGAGGAUUUGCCCGAGGAAUACAGAGGGGGCAAAUUCAAUACCCUAACAUUGCUCCAAUGGAUCAGCUUAAUUUUAAUCGUGACCGCCCUAGUUUGCACCAUCCGCUUCAAAAAAUGGAAAAUCAGGAAAUUCAGAGGCCUGCAUUUAUGGCAAUGGGAGGUUUUGAUUCUGGUCUUGAUAUGCGGGAGGCUGGUAUCAGGCUGGGGGAUUCGCAUCGUGGUGUUCUUCAUCGAGAGGAACUUCUUCAUGAGGAAGAGAGUCUUAUACUUCGUUUACGGAGUGAAACGAUCGGUGGUGAACUGCAUCUGGCUAGGGCUGGUGCUGAUCGCGUGGCACUGGAUGUUCGACAAAAAACUGGAAGGGAAUGACAAAUUCUUAUGGUAUGUGAACACAGUCUUAGUCUGUAUGAUCGUCGGAACUCUUCUAUGGCUGGUGAAGACGUUGAUGGUGAAGGUGCUCGCGUCGUCGUUCCACGUCAGCACCUUCUUCGACCGGAUUCAGGAGUCUCUCUUCAAUCAGAAGGUGAUCGAGGCGCUAUCGGGGCCGCCUCACCUGGAGAUCAAGAAGCAGUUAGAGGAGGAGGAGCGGACCAUGGCGGAGGUGUGGCGGCUUCAGAACGCAGGGGCGACCCUGCCCCCGGAUUUGAAGCCCUCGGCGCUGCAGCAGCCCAAGAGCGGGCAACUGCCGCCUAGGCCGGGCAAGGCGGUGAGCUUCAAGCUGUCGUCGGGGCAGCUGGCGAAGAGCAUGAAGGAUUCGAAGAAUAUUAAUAUGGAGAGGAGUAAGAGCCAGCAUGAGAUAGUGUCGAUGGAGGAUUUGCAUAAGCUGAAUCACAAGAAUGUGUCUGCUUGGAACAUGAAGAGGCUGAUGAAGGUUGUGAAGAAUGGGGUGCUGACCACGCUGGAUGAGCAGGUGCAGUAUAGCUCCCAGGGCGACGAGGCCUCCACGCAGAUACGAAGCGAAUGCGAGGCCAAAUGUGCGGCCAGGAAGAUCUUCCGCAACGUCGCUAAGCCUAAAUCCAAGCACAUCCACCUCGACGAUUUGAUGCGUUUCUUGCCGGAGCAAGACGCGUUGAAGACCUUGAAUGCGGUGGAGGGGUCGACCGAGAGCGAUAAGAGGAUUAGCAAAGCUUCCCUCAAGAGUUGGGUGGUUAACGCGUUCAUAGAGCGAAGGGCACUGGCCCUGACGCUCAACGACACGAAAACAGCGGUGGACAAGCUCCACCACAUGGUGAACGUGAUCGUAGGGUUGAUCAUCUUGGUGGUCUGCCUCGUCAUUCUCCAGAUCGCCACCAGCAAGUUUCUCCUCUACAUUAGCUCACAGGUAGUCGUUGUGGCCUUCAUAUUCGGAAACACUUGCAAGACCGUCUUCGAGGCUGUAAUCUUCGUCUUCGUCAUACACCCUUUCGACGUUGGUGAUCGCUGCGAGAUUGAUGGAAUCCAGAUGAUCGUGGAGGAGAUGAACAUUUUGACUACGGUUUUCUUGCGAUACGACAAUCUCAAGAUUAUAUAUCCCAACGUGACUCUCGCAACGAGGCCAAUCGGGAACUACUACCGGAGCCCUGACAUGGGAGAUUCCGUCGAUUUUGUUGUCCACAUCGCCACGCCUGUGGAGAAGAUUGCGAUGAUCAAGCAGAGAGUCACAACAUACAUCGAGGUGAAGAACGACUAUUGGUACCCGCAGCCGUCGGUGGUGGUGAUGAACAUUGAGCAGCUCAAUAUGUUGAAGCUAUCGGUGUGGGUGAGACAUAAGAUGAACCAUCAAAACAUGGGAGAUAGAUGGAAGAGGAGGGCUCUUUUGGUGGAGGAGACGGUGAAGAUCCUGAAGGAGCUUGAUAUCGAGUAUCGUCUCUAUCCUCUCGAUGUCAAUGUUCGUGCAAUGCCCAACAUCACAACCACCCGGGUGCCGCCCGGGUGGUCUACUCCUCCUCCGGCGACCUGAACUUUUUGUUUCUAGUUAUGAUGCAUCAGUGUUGUUGUAUUAGGUCAUCGUGAUGUAUAUGGUGAAAUGGAA